AUGCUCCGGACGCUCACUACCGCGGCUUCUCAAUCCACCCUCAUAUCCCUCACUUCCCCCCUCAAUCGCUCAUCUCUCACCGCUAUACGCUCUACUCUUGCUGCAUCUUUCGACGAAAACGAAAAUGUAUAUGAUCCAGCAGAGACCCACGCAACGGUUCUCGUCCCCCUCUGCAAUGUGAACGGCAGGCCGGGCGUCCUGCUCGAGGUACGCGGUAAAUUAAGAACACAUUCUGGCGAGGUAAGCUUUCCUGGAGGAAAGGUCGACAAGACAGACGAGUCCACCGUUGCGGCAGCUCUUCGCGAGACCCAGGAGGAGGUUGGAAUCCAUCCCGACCAAAUAGAGAUACUAGGCCGUUUCGGUCCAGCUGAACACUCACUUGGUGGAAUGCGCGUAUGGCCAUACGUCGCUUUCGUUCAUGCUGACAGCGGGCUCGUCUCAGAUACGGCAUCAUCCUCAGCAUUUCAAGCAGACGGGGACACGCCCCUGCCAUCCUUGCCUAUGUCUUCCCUUAUUCUCUCCCCCAGCGAAGUUGCCCAUGCCUUCCAUCUUCCCCUCUCUGAUCUUGUCUCUCCUCCGCGGCUCCGCUCGUACCUAUUCCGUGGUGCACGGCCUUAUUUCGCUGUCAGCGUAGGUGACAUAGUAACUGGCCCAAAUGCCGUGCAUCGCAAGCUCCCAGGCGCCGGAGAUCAAUUGGACCUGACGUGGCCAAACGACCCCGACCAGCAAGAUGAGAUCGGUGCCGGGCGGGAAAGCCGCCUUGAGGUCUGGGGUCUGACGGGGUGGUAUCUCUCUACCUUCAUGCAAAUUCUUGGAGUAUAUCGAUAG